GUGGGGAGCCCCAGGCAGCUGGCUCUAAAGAGGCCCCAGGUCGGUAGCCAGUCAUGAACUCUGAGAGUCCAACCUAGCCACCCAUCGGACAACCCACUUCCACCUUUCCUGAGCCCCAGGCCAUAGACGUGGCCCAACCCUUGUGGAAGGCAGCGUGGCACUGACAUCCGCCGCUGCUGUGCCCGCACUGCGCCAGUGAGUCAAACUCAAUAGAGGAGAAACGGCCCUCUUCGGCUCCUGACCUGGGACCAUCCAGCAGGAGCAUGGGACUCCCUCAUGUCCAGCUCUGGCUGGGGCUGUUGUGGGCACUGGUGUGGGUACAGGGCGCGGCAUCUGCAUGCCCAGCCUGUGGGGGCCCAGCGCUGGCGCUUCAAGCAGAACGGGCUCUGGUGCUGGAGCUAGCCAAGCAGCAGAUCCUCCGGGGGCUGCACCUGACCAGCCGUCCCAGAGUAACCCAUCCUCCACCCCGGGCCGCACUGGCCAGGGCCCUCCGGAGACUGCAGCCUGGGACUGAGGCUCCGAGGAAAGGGGAGGAGGUCGUCAGCUUUGCUACCGUUGCAGAGUUCUCCACUUCAACCUGCAGCUCCACGCUCACUUUCCAGCUGUCCACUCUUCAGUCCCACCACCUGUCCCACGCCCGCCUCUGGUUGCAUGUUCUCCCUGCCCGUCCUGGCCCUCUUCACCUGAGGAUCUUCCAGCGGGGCCCCGGGGGGAGGCACGGAGGGUCACCUGCCCUCCUGGCUGAGCACCAAAUAAAUGCUCCCGGCUGGCACGCCUUGAUUCUGCCCUCUGGUGGCUUGAGGGGUGAAGAGUCUGGGCUGGUGAAACUCCAGCUGGACUGCAGACCUCUGGAAGACAACAGCACAGCUGCUGCUGGACAGCCGAGGCAGCUCCUGGACGCAGCAGGACACUACCGUCCUUUCCUGCAGCUUAAGAUUCGGGCCCACGGGCCUGGAGCAGGUCGGACCAGGAGGAGGACCCCCACCUGCGAGCCUGAGACUCCCUUAUGCUGCAGGCGGGACUAUUACGUAGACUUCCAGGAACUCGGAUGGCGGGACUGGAUCCUGCAGCCUGAGGGGUACCAGCUGAACUACUGCAGUGGACAGUGCCCCCCUCACCUGGCCGGCAGCCCCGGGAUUGCCGCCUCCUUCCACUCUGCAGUCUUCAACCUCCUCAAAGCCAACAAUCCUUGGCCUGCAGCCUCCUCCUGCUGCGUCCCCACGGCCAGAAGGCCUCUCUCUCUCCUCUACCUGGACCACAACAGCAAUGUGGUGAAGACGGAUGUGCCGGAUAUGGUGGUGGAAGCUUGCGGCUGCAGCUAACGGGGGGACCUGGGGGCUCAGAGUAAAGAGAUCAAGUUGGGGGAUCCUAGGAAAAGGGUAUCUGUGUCUGGAGGCGUCAGGUUUUCUGAUCCGCACACCCACUCGAUAGGUUGCCUGGCAGUAUGACUGGGUUGACCCCUACGGAGCCCCAGUGGACACUCUCUCGUCCCAGAUACCGGCCUAUUUCGGGCUGGUUCAUGUGCGGGGUGAUGGGUGAAGCGUUUCUGGUAAAGGGACAACCCAGACAGCACAAUUUCCUACCCUAAGCCCCGUGAGAAAAUGGCAGGGGCUGGCAGGGGAGGUCGGGAAGAAGGCAGAGAAGAAUUCAUCUUUCCCAAGAACUGAAAGUCCUCAAGUAAAGGAAAAAAAAGCCAAAGGCCCAGAAGGCUCGGGAUGGGGCAGAGAGGCUGGCAGAGGACAGGGACUGUUGAGAGCUUCAAUUUCUUUUUUUUUUUUUUUUUUUUUUUGAGACAGGAUCACUGGGUGUGGUGAUGC